AUUUCAGCAAUUGCAGAAACUCACAAAAAUGCUGGCAAUGAUGCAUUUCUUAAAGAUGAUUUUGUCAAACCUAUAGACUUAUACACAGAGGGAAUUGAAUUUAGAUGCAAGGAUGAGGAUCUGAAUGCCAAAUUGUACAACAUAAGGGCGUCCGCCCACUAUCACUUGGGUAAAGUAUCGUUCAUAUUAACUUUAUGUAAUGUCGACAUUGUACUUUAUUCCGUAUCCCACAUUCCAUCAUCUAUUCUGCAUCCCGGCCCUUUUACGUAAAGGCACUUCUGGAAUCUCAAUACAACUGUUUAUAUUGCCAUUAUUGAUGUUAUCAGGAUAACUUUUUAGUGCCUGAAAAGUCAUCUUUCUCAAAAAACGUCUUUUUCAGAGAAUUACCAUGAUUGUCUGAGUAAUGCAAAAGCUGCCACAGCACUACAGCCGUCUUAUCUCAAGGCGAUUAUCAGAGGUGAAAAUGAAUCUCAGUAGAAAACCUGAUUUUUUCCUCCAUUUAAUCAUUUCAAAUGAGUCGACUUUUUUCACUAGGCGCGAAGACCUGUUAAAGUUGAAGCAGCUUGAAGAAGCCAUCAACUGGUGUGAUAAAGGACUAGCCGUAUCCUUUCUUUACCCUGUUCACAGACCUUCUUUUUUCUCUAUUGAGAUCUUCAUGUGCGCGAAAGAAAAUAAGAACUGCGGGGCAUUUAUUAAGCCGCAACGUACUGGAUAAAUACUCAAACAAAAGGAAAGGAAAAAAACGUGUGUGGACAGCUACGGUUUUUCGUAGAAGAGUAAAUACAAAUUCCUGACCGCAUGAAUUAUUACCUCCUUUGCUUUUACAGGGUCAAAUUAAUGUCUUUUUUUUUCACCGUUUAGUAAAUUAAGGUUGAAUCGACAAAGUCGGUUUAAAUAUUAAGAGACUUGUUGGUGACGCGUCCUGACGUCUCACACAAAGAGUAGCCAUUUACAAGUACAAAAUGGAUUACCGAACCAUUUUAAAAUACAGCUCCAACUGAUGCUGUUGCUACUCGUGUCAUUGCUACCACUGCCGUCAGCCUGAUUUAAGGUGAACGCAGAUUAUUUUCUAUCCCCUUAACUCUUAUAAGAUUGACAAGGACAACAAGGACCUGCUGGAGAUAAAGACUUGUUCUGUCAUAGAAGGCGAAAAGACUUUAACACAGGAAGGCGAUAAAGCAGCAAAAGAGGAGAGCGAUUCACGAACAAACCAAACAUCUCUUGAUUGUAGAAGUAAGUAAACUCCAAACAGAAAGCGUACUUAUAACCAGGGUCUUAACUUCAAGUGGAUCUACAUUUUGUCAGGCAUCAGACGUUAUGCUUUCUUCUCUUGGCUUGACUCAUUCCGAUACUGGCAGAACUCGAAACUCUGUUUGCAUUUUUAUUUCAGCAAUAGCAGAAACUCACAAAAAUGCCGGCAAUGAUUCAUUUCUUAAAGAUGAUCAUGUCAAGGCUAUAAAAUUGUACUCAGAGGGAAUUGAAGUAAAAUGCAAGGAUGAGGAUCUGAAUGCCAAAUUGUACAACAACAGGGCGUCCGCCCACUAUCACUUGGGUAAAGUAUCAUUCAUAUUAACUUUAUGUAAUGUCGACAUUGUACUUUAUUCCGUAUCCAACAUUCCAUCGUCUAUUCUGCAUCCCGGCCCUUUUACGUAAAGGCACUUCUUGAAUCUCAAUACAGCUGUCUCUAUUGCCAUUAUUGAUGUUAUCAGGAUAACUUUUUAUGUGUAUGACCUUUUUAAAGCCUGGGGUCUUGAAAGAGAAUCUUAUCCUCGCCUUAAAACGGAAAGUGCCUGGUCUCAUCUGUUUGAAUUACUGAGUUCAAGUCUGUGUUCUUGAAAACCGUAUUUCCGUUCUCUUCAUGCAUGCUUCUUCGCGUUCUGCUGAUGUAUACUUCCCUGCACCCACAAGGAGUCUUAUAAGGUGUUCAGUGUCGUGUCGAAUAUAAGGACAGCCCGGAUGGCUCGGUAAGAAAAAUCCAAGCACCCCCAAUACUCCCUGUGUCACUGUCACUUCUCUAUCAUUGCGCGUAAGCACAUAUCAAGAUUCUUCACUGAUUGAAAAGUCGUCUUUCUCAACAAAACUCUUUUUCAGAGAAUUACCAUGAUUGUCUGAGUGAUGUUAAAGCUGCCACAGCACUACAGCCGUCUUAUCUCAAGGCGAUUAUCCGAGGUAAAAAAUGAAUCUCAGUAGAAAACCUGAAUUUUACCUCCAUUUACUCAUUUUCAAUGCGCCGAAUUUUUUUCACUAGGUGCGAGCACCUGUUUAAAGUUGAAGCAGUUUGAAGAAGCCAUAAUCUGGUGUGAUAAAGGACUAGCUGUAUCCUUUCUUUAUCAAAUAAAUAAAUAAAGUGUCUUUAUUGUUCAAAAGAUAAAAUUACAUAUGUUAUGUUACAUUUAAGGGACGGACCAUUAGAAACGUUAUGGGGGGGGAGGGGAAUUUUCGAACCGCAGGAAUUUUUUUUAGUUAUCAAAUUCCUUGUAUGAAUUUUUUUAGGCCGUGACAAGAAUAUUUUUUAGGAUUAAUUGGCGUGCAAGAAUUUUUUUUCACUUGAUUUUCCCUUGCGGGAAUAUUUUUUUGGUACUUCGCCCCCCCGUCCGUCCCUAGAUAUAACAAUGUUAAUGGGCUAAAGUAUGUCUCUUAAUAAGAUUAGUAUAUACAUAGAAACAAAUACAAAAAUCGAAUAAUAAUUAUCCUGUUCACAGACCUUCUUUUUUCUCUUUUGAGAUCUUCAUGUGCACGUAUGAAAAUAAGAACUGCGGGGAAUUUAGUAAGCCGUAACGCGCUGAAUAAAUUAUUCAAACAAAGGGAAAGGAAAAAGUGAGUAGACAUAUUAUUUUUUCUUAGAAGAGUAAAUACAGGCAAAUAUAUAGCAUGCAGCUGGAGCCUAGGAGAAAAUGCUUGUGUGAAGAGGGAUGCGCACAAAAUGUUCAAUGAACACAUCAACUGUGUUGAAUAAAAAUUUUGACGUUGAAUGUGAAUUUAUAUAAAAAUUGCAGCGAAUGUGAACGAAUAUAUUUGUGAAAAAGAAUUUUAACAUCGUUCAGUGUGAAGGAAUAUGGAAUAAGUGAAUUAUGCACAUUCACAAAAUAUACAUAUAUAUAUUUAGUAUAUACACACUCAGUGAUCUUGGUGAUUUAAGCAGUCUGAUUGGUGCGCUAUCUCGGACUAUUCAACAAUAUUCACCUCCUAGCGAGUGGAUAAUGUGUGAGCUCGGUGUUUUUCCCAUUUUUUUAGAGAACGAUCUUUGAAGAGUCGACAAAAUCCUAGGCCUGACUUUUUUUAAGGCAAGAAAAGACUUGGAAGGAUUCGAUACGGCGUUUUUCAAUUUACUGUAGCUGAGUUUUGUGCUCGAUGGAUUGUUUACAACUCCCGUGUAUUCGCGUAGAAGAAGCCGUUUCGUGAACUUAGCGUUUUCUAACAAGAAAAUUUUGGCUCAAAAAUCGAAGUUUAUUUAUGGCAAACAAAUUUAAAAGGAAAUGUUUGCAGAAAUUCUACGCUUCAAGUAAACAGGAAAAAGAAUGAUACAGGAAGACGACGUCUUACCUCGAGCAACCGAGCCGUCAUUUUUGUCAGCAGUUCAUGCGAAGAACGACACAACAAACCCUUUUGGCUAUAAACUUGGCGAGUCAACAGAAAACAACAAAGCUCUACUUUUCUUCUCAGGUAAGGAAACAGUUCAAACUUUUAGCGGUUCCAUUAAAGCCAUUACGCUGUUGUUUGCGAAACGAUAAACUUGUGAAUUGCCAUGUUUGAAAAUUCUGCAAAUAUCUAUUUUUAAACUUAAGCGUAAUUUGAUCUGUCAAUCAAAUCGUACUUUUUAAUGGUUUCCUCUCUGAUUUUGUUGAGAUCACUUCGUGUGUAUACACUAAAACAAUUAUUCUUUUCAAUCUCGCUGAAGAGUGGCUUUGGGAAUAUUUACCUCCCCGCUUUCGCGGCUCGGUAAAUAUUUAGCCACUAUUCACCUCGAUUUCAAAAAAGAAUUGUUAAAUAUAUAGGAAUAAUAUUUCGAUGUACCAAGGUGAUGUCCUCAUCGACUAUAAUAGUGCUCAAUAGACAAAAUAGUGUAACUACAGCAAAAUACAAGUAGACUGAUGGAAGUGGAUUAAAUCUCGAACAUUUAUUGCUACUCAGAGUUAAAUGCCUCUUGCGAAGCAAUCAUCAGGCAACUGCCAAAAGUAACGGUUACAAUCAAAGAUAGAGGGAAAACAGAACAACAAAUACUAUAGGCGUGGCGCGUAGCGUAUGGUGCAUGGCGCGUCUGUCCGCUAAUUAAGUGAUGCUUACAGCAUGUGAAAUGUGCAACAAAAACUAAUCAAAUUAGGACAGUGUUUAGUAGAAAUGUCUUGGAGUGUCUGCAACCUGAGAUUAGCUCAUUUCUAUCAUUCAGGGUAGAUAUUUCUGGUUUACAAAUUAUAAAAUAUUACUCCCACAAGCGCAAAUUACAUUUCUUGGAGACGUUUGUGUACGAUUUUGCUUGCUUUUCCUUGCGCCACGGUCAAGAUUUAAUCCAGUUCCAUCAGUCUACGUGUAUCAAUAAUAUUAUAUAUUUCGUCGUUGAACGUGAAUUUGUUUACAUGUUAAAUGACAACGUAGUUGUUGAAGGUGAAUCGAUCAACAUAUUCGUGAACAAGAUUGAAAUCAUUACCUAUUUGGAAUUCGUGAAUUUUCCGCCAUUUCACUACCAAUGGUUUCAAAGUUCGUUUGAUAGAAAUCCGGGGAACCGUGCAUGUUUUUUAACUACUGCAAUGAUCUGUAACAGAAUUUUUACCCUUCCGUGUAAACGGGUCGCACAGGUAAAAAAAUUCGCCCGUUCACAAUUUUUUCUCGAACCCGUUUAAACGGGGUUUCCGUUUUCCUAAUUUUCCAGAGUUCCAAUGGAAGGCAUCUAAUUUUAUGUUCUAAAACUCAACGGAUACGUUUUUACAUAACACAAGUUACCCAUUUAUGUCUUUUUUACUAUGCUCCAUAUUCUCGGAAUCUAUCUUUUACAUAUGAGUUAAACGAAGUUUUUUUGACAAAGGAUAUGUCAUGGAAACAUAUUAAGUUCAGUCUUUUCCUCUAUGUCCUACCUCACGCUAUCACAACCUCUACUGAUUAAACGGCUGGGUUGCAAUCUGUGUAAGGCUACCACAUGUAGGAUUUAUGACCCAUUUUUUACAGAUACAUAUAUUUUUUGGAAGUCAACUGAGACAGUAUGAUUGAUAACCAAUAAGGCCAUGUUUUUCCAUAACGUGCACAGUAUACAUGAUUUGAUUAAAUGGGUAUAUAUGUAUAGUUUCAGGGGCGGAUCUAGAAUAAAAUUAAUAUAUACAGACCGAUUUCCUAAACGACCCCCGAAAGCCGUCGCAGGGAAAUUUUUUUAAUUUUAACUUCCCAAAGUCCCCUUUCCAGGGUUUGUGAGCCAUUCAAACAGGAUUUUUACUGACUGUCCGAAUCCAUUUUCCCGAUUUCAACUUGGAAACUCUUUUUUGCCCCCGUAGGGAUUUCGCCCACAAGGCGAGACCCCGAGGAGGUACUCUUAGCUAGUAACUCGCGCGUAUAUUAAGGAAAGUACUUACAGUUGAAAUAUACAGUCAUACAGUCAACAUAGAAAAAAUCUCGAUUUGCUUGAACAGGGGCCGCGAGGAAUCGGUAGGUAAUGAUGACGUUUCUAUUGUUUGCGUCCGCAAGUAUGAAAUGGUUAGGAUGACGUAAAACACAAAAAGUCCCGAAGGAACAGCUUACAAUAGGUAGAUUUUGUGACAUGAAUUGUGCAGUCAUACUUCGAUACUCUUUUGCGUGGCGUGUUAUCAGUGACAUUCUGUGGAGCAGUUGUUAUGAAAGUUAUGGACCAAAAGACACUCGUUAAGUGCGGAUGAAUUUAUAAGGUGCGUAGAACAGUGUAUAUUUAACACUAAGUAAGUUUGCCAGACACGAGUUCACAAAUCUUUGAUUGGAAACCUUCAGCUAAACCUUGCCAGACACUCUUUCUCUUUCUUUGACCGAAAUAAGACUCGGCCCAAAACUAGCCUGUUCCAGGCUCCGAGAUAGUGGUGAAAAGUCGUUCAGUAAAGAGAAAUACGAAAAAUGCGCGGGGGCUUUCCCAAGUAGCGCGCGUCUUAUUUUCGCUUUGCUCGUUUUAAUACGUCCGCACUAUACUAUCUGAGAGCCUGGCACAGGCUAGCCCAAAACAAGCAAGACGAGUGAAUGAUUCAACGGCUAGCUUAUUACUAGCAAAACGAUGGACGAUUACAGAAAUUCGCCGACCAUCAAAUUCUGUGCUGACUUAUUCCCUGCUCACAAGGCAGAUGUCCUUCCGCUAUAAAGUUUAAAAUAAGACUAGAAUGCGCAAGCGUGAAUUGAUCAAACGUCCUUUUAAUUUGUAAGGCUUACUUUCCGGCAAAUGGAAUGAACUAAAUGUAAAAAGUGAAAUAAAAUAGCGAAAAAUCAAACUUCUAAUUAAAUCUUUUCUUAUGGUUUAGAAUAAACUAUUCUCGAAAUUGAGAAUGUUUUUAGACCUUUUAAUCAAAGCUGUGUAAAUCGAACCGAAACGGUGCAUGGAACCUUGCGUUUAUUUCCUGUAAUUUAUCUCACCUAUUGUAUGGAAUAUGUGUGAACAUAUUCAUUAUGAAUCGGUAUAUUUCGAAGAGCUACACAACGAGCAAGAAUACUAUUGACCGACAAUAUACAGAGAGGGGGCAGCUGUAGUGUCAACUAUUACUAGUAUUAGUGAAACGGUGGAAACCGGUGUGGAUCCACCCCUCAGUUUGAGUAACUACCUUAAAUGAUAAUUAUUUACUAAUAAUAAAUGUUAAUAAGUCCAACUUCUCGACCUUUUUACCCAUCUUGACCAUCUUAAGAUUGACAAGCGCAACAAGACGCUCUUAGAAAUAAGGAGGUUAUCCGUGAACAUGGAAUGCAGGCUUCCCGAUAAAAGAAAGGAGAUCAAGAACAAUCCACAAACUACCAAUGCGACAGAAACGGUUUGUAGUUGGCGACAAGCUACAUGCAGUCGAAUGUAUUUGUAGUAUGAUAUCUGCAUUAUCUUUUUUUAGUUUACUUUUACAGGAACUCUGUCACGUUCAUUGACGAUUUAUUCUUCUUGAAUUGUGCACUCUUAAUUUCUUCCCUUUAUUGAAAAGGCCUUACCCCUUUAAGGCAAAACAAACAGAAAAUAUAUUUCAAACACCUGAAUCUUACUGGAUUUGCACACACUUUGCUCCAGCAGGGUUUCUUAACUGUCCAGAAUUAUAACAACUCCAGUGUAGGCAGAAGUUAAAAAAUGAAUCAGUCAACUCCAAGGGUGUCGCUACCGGAAAGUCUGAUCACAAUAUUUAUAUAACACAUGUCUUACCCAUGCAAAAUAUCAGUGUUAAAAACUUACACUUUUUACAACCCAAGUAUUAAAAAGCGUUAAUAAAGUUUUUUUAAGCAUUCACCGCUUUAAUUUUGCAUAGUUAACAUCACGUUUUUAUAGACAUACAGAAUACGCUAAUACACUGAUCACCAGCAUCUCUGUGUCACUAAAGAACUGAUCCAAAAGCAAUUUAUUUUUACAGGUUUAUAGCAGUUCACUGUCAACUCACUUGCCAAUGGAACACCACCUCUGCAAAACAAAAGAUGGUGAACUUACAAUAAAGUCUUGGAAACUGUUUCAUAUGCCUGAGCAAUUGCAAAAAUUUGUCAAAGAUAAGGCUAUUAAAGGACAACUGUAUAGUGGUCUUGGCGAUGCUUUUCGGAGUCGGUGUGAAUACAAGAAAGCCAUAGAAUAUCACAAACUUGCUCUUGGCAUUGCGAGAGAUUUGAAGGACAAGGGUGAGGAAGCCCUUGCAUGUCGAAAACUUGGUGAUGAUUUGCAAAAAGUCUGCAGUUUCAAUGAAGCUAUAGAGUACCAUAAAAUUGCGCUCAGGAUUUCCAUAGAUUUGAAAGACAAAGCUGGGGAAGGUUAUGCUUAUUGCAGCCUUGGCCAUGGCUUUCGGGCUCUUUAUCAUCAUAAACAAGCAAUAGAAUACUACAAACGUUGCCUCAGUGUUGCAAAAGAACUGGGAAACAGGGGAUUAGAAGGAGCGGCCUAUAGCAGUCUCGGUCACGCUUUCGAUGAGCUAAGCGACUAUAAAACUGCGCAAAAGUACCACUACUAACAUCUCAACAUUGCCAAGAGUUUAAAAGACAUGUCUGGAGAACGAACAGCAUAUGCAAGCCUGGGGAGCGUUUUUGGUAGCCUUGGCGAUUUUAAAAAAUCCUUAGAUCAUUUUCACUGCGCCAUUAAUAUCGCUAAAGAGAUGGGAGACAAGGAAGCGCUCAUGCUUACAUAUGCUGGUCUAGGAAAAGCUUUUGAGGAUCUUGGAAAUUUAAAGAAAGCGGAAGAGUACACUAAUAUGCACCUCAACCUUGCCAAGGAAAUUGGAAACAAAUGUGAAGAAGGCGGUGCGUACUGCAACCUUGGCCAUAUUUUUUUCGGCCUUGGUAACUUUAAAAAAUCCAUAGAAUGCUACAAUCGUCAACUUAAAAUUGCCAAAGACUUUGGAGACUUAAUGGCAGAAGGUGCUGCACUUGGUGGCCUUGGCAUUGUUUUUGACAAUCUCGGGGAUUUUGAAAAAGCCAUCGACAACCACAAUGAUCAUCUUCGUAUUGCUAAAGCUGCUGGGGACAAAGAUGGGGAGGCAAUUGCGAAUGGAAAUCUUGGCAACGCUUAUCUCAGCCUCGGGGAUUUCAAGAAAGCCCUCCAUUACUUUGAACAACGCCUCGAUAUUGCGAAAAACCUGGGAGAUAAGGCAGGGGAAGGACGUGCAUAUGGCCACCUCGGCAGCGCUUAUCGACAUCUUGGGGACUACAAGAAAGCCAUGGACUAUUACAGCUUGCGUCUCUGUAUUGCCCAAGAACUUGGAGACAAGGCGGGGGAAGGGGCUGCCUGUGGCUAUAUGGGUACAGUUUGCCAGCAUCUUGGGAACUACAGAAAAGCUAUUGAAUGGAAUCAACAAAAGCUAAGAAUUGCUGACGAUCUAGGAAACCAACACAUGGAAGGCCAAGCCUACAGUGAUAUUGGACUAUGCUUUGAGAUGUUGAAACGUUUACCUAAAGCACUCGAAAAUUACCAAACAAGCGUAAGAGUGUUUGAUAGAAUGAGAAGUCUUCUACAGCCCAAAGAUGAGUGGAAGAUUGGAUUUCGGAACGAAUGUAACCCCGCUUACACAGGUCUGUGGAGAGUUUUGUUAAAACAAGAAAAGAUUGACGAAGCUCUGGCUGCUUCAGAUGAUGGUCGAGCCCAAGGACUAGCUGAUCUUCUGACAUCCAAGUAUGGUUUUCAAAAAAGUCAAACCAGAGAACAAAAGCUAGCAAAAGAAGAAUUUGGUUUGUUAAACGCUUCUUCAUCGAGUACGAUAUUUUUGGCUGUUAACGUGUUAGAAAAGAAAGUAGAUAUCUGGUUCCUUUCCAAAGAGAAACCUGUUCUACACCGGCUGAGAAAGCUUGACAAUCAUUGUACAAAGAAUGUAGCUGAAACAUUACAGUCCUUAAUUCAAUUUGCCUACGAGAACAUUGGUGUUCGUGCUGAUGUUAACUGCGAGAAUCGGUCUUUAGAUGUGUUACGCGAAAACUGCUCUUCCGUGGGGCGGUCAUCCAAAAGGAGCUCACAGCCCAUUCGCCAAGAGGAUAACCUUCCUCUAGCUGCCUUAUACAGCUAUGUGAUUGCCCCGAUAUUAGAUCUGAUUGAUGGUGAUGAAAUAAUCAUUGUCCCGGAUGGGCCAUUAUGGCUUGCUCCGUUUGCUGCAUUAGUGAAUCCUUUUUCCAAAUACUUGUGCGAAUCCUUCAAAGUCAGAUUAGUUCCUUCGCUGACAAGUUUGAAAAUUAUUGCUCAUUGUCCAGAAUUUCACAGCAGUAGUGGAGCUGUAGUUGUAGGAGAUCCAGACGUGAGUGACGUUAUCAACAGCCAUGGAGAGCAGCUGCAACAGCUUCCUUUUGCCAGGAAAGAAGCACAGAUGAUCGGGCAAAUUCUAAACGUCGCACCUCUCACUGGAAAAUUGGCCACCAAAUGUGAGGUACUUACACAGAUAAGUUCGGUUUCUGUAGUACACAUUGCUGCACAUGGGUGCAUGGAGACCGGUGAAAUAGCGUUGAGCCCGAAUCCUGAGAGGAAGUCGCAGACCCUUGCAAAAGACGAUUACAUGUUGACAAUGGCAGAUGUGAUGAGUGUAAAGCUGCGAGCCAAGCUGGUUGUCCUUAGUUGCUGUCACAGUGGCCGAGGAGAGAUCAAAGCUGAAGGCGUGGUCGGUAUUGCUCGUGCCUUUAUUGGUGCUGGUGCUCGUUCUGUUCUGGUGUCGCUGUGGGCCAUCGAUGACGAGGCCACGUUGGAGUUCAUGAAAAGCUUCUACCGUAACCUUGAGAAAGGGCGAAGUGCGAGCGAGUCCCUUAACCACGCAAUGAGAUGUCUCAGAGAAUCCGAGAAGUUCAGCGAUGUAAAAUACUGGGCGCCUUUUACACUUAUCGGCGAUGACGUUACUCUCGACAAACAAGAAAAAAUCAUGGUAUCAUAA